CCUCCUCAUCCUUCUCGCCGCCGCCGCCGCCCGGGCACAGCUCAGCCGCUGCAGGAGCCAGGCCGGAGGCAUCCUGCACAGCUCCGCGCUGCACUAGGCCGGGCCGGGCCCUACACCAGCCCGGCCAGGGCGCCACCCGGCCACCGGCUACUUUCGACUCCCCCCAACACUCCCAAACCACGCGCUCACUCACAGCACACACACACACUCCCCCCUUUUCAGCCUCUCGCACUCCCCCAGCAGCCCCCCUUUACCUCCUCACCGAGAUCCGCACACCAGUUGCCUUUUCCGCCUCCCCCAGUCCCCUUUUCUGAGUCCAGCACACACACACACCGAUCUCCUUUUCUGCGUCCAGCUCGAACACACACUAGUCACCUCUUCUGGACACACGCAUACCCCCUAUUCUAUCUCAAGCACAAACUCGCACCCCUAGCCUUUUCUUCCUUAAACACACCCACAUCCCCCAAGUUACCUUUCCUGUCUCAAACACACACACACGGGAGGCCCCCCUUUUCAUUUUCAAACACACAUACACACCCAGGUUUCCUUUCCUGGCUCAAACACACACACACAGGAGUCCGCCUUUUCAUUCUCAAACACGCACACACAGCAAUCCGCCUUUUCAUUCUCAGACACACACAGGAGCCCCCAUUUUCAUUCUCAAACACACACACACCCAGGUUCCCUUUCCUGUCUCAAACACACACACACAGAGGAGUCCCCCCUUUUCAUUCUCAAACACACACACAUCCCAAUUCCCUUUUUUCUCUCAAGCAACCCUUCCUGAAGAUUGUCCCUCACCCCCCCCAAUUCCCUUCCUCUUCCCUCUGGCUCCCCAGCCCCAGGGCAGAGAGUAGGUGCUCUCUUUCCCCCACACACUCCAGGAUGGUAGGCCAGGGGCGGUGAUGCUGUUGCUAGCCCUCAGCCCCUCCCAGGCCAUGGAGAACCAGGUGCUGGUGAUUCGCAUCAAGAUCCCCGACGGCGGAGCCGUGGACUGGACGGUGCACUCGAGACCCCAGCUGCUGUUCCGCGAUGUCCUGGACGUGAUAGGCCAGGUUUUGCCCGAUGCAACAACAACAGCCUUUGAAUAUGAAGACGAGGAUGGCGAUCGAAUUACCGUAAGAAGCGAUGAAGAAAUGAAGGCCAUGCUGUCCUAUUAUUAUUCCACAGUAAUGGAACAGCAAGUAAAGGAGCAGUUAAUAGAGCCUUUGCAGAUAUUUCCAAGAGCCUGCAAGCCUCCUGGGAAACGGAACAUACAUGGCCUGAAGGUGAACACACGGGCUGGGCCCUCUCAUCAUAGCAGCCCAACAAUCUCAGAGUCGCUUCCGGGCAAUAGCUUAAAGAAGUCAUCCGCCGAACUGAAGAAAAUAUUAGCCAAUGGCCAGAUGAAUGAACAAGACAUAGAAAAUCGAGAGCCCCUCGGUCACGGCAACGGAGGUACAGUCUACAAAGCAUUUCAUGUCCCCAGUGGGAAGAUAUUAGCUGUAAAGGUCAUACCACUAGAUAUUACAGUGGAACUUCAGAAGCAAAUUAUGUCCGAAUUAGAAAUUCUCUAUAAGUGUGAUUCAUCAUUUAUCAUAGGAUUUUACGGUGCAUUUUUUGUAGAAAACAGGAUCUCGAUAUGUACAGAAUUCAUGGAUGGAGGAUCGCUGGAUGUGUACAGAAAAAUUCCAGAACAUGUACUGGGACGGAUAGCUGUCGCAGUAGUUAAAGGCCUGACCUAUUUAUGGAGCUUAAAGAUUUUGCACAGAGACGUCAAGCCCUCAAACAUGUUGGUGAACACAAGAGGACAGGUCAAGUUGUGUGAUUUCGGAGUUAGCACUCAGCUGGUGAAUUCCAUAGCCAAGACGUACGUCGGGACGAACGCUUAUAUGGCGCCUGAAAGAAUUUCAGGGGAACAGUAUGGAAUCCAUUCCGAUGUUUGGAGCUUAGGAAUCUCUUUCAUGGAGCUUGCUCUUGGGAGGUUUCCAUAUCCUCAGAUUCAGAAAAACCAGGGAUCUUUAAUGUUAUUGCAGUGCAUUGUUGAUGAGGUUUCGCCGGUCCUUCCGGUUGGAGAGUUCUCCGAGCCAUUUGUACACUUCAUCACUCAGUGCAUGAGGAAGCAGCCAAAAGAAAGACCAGCCCCUGAGGAUUUGAUGGGCCAUCCAUUUGUCCUGCAGUACAACGACGGGAACGCCGAAGUGGUCUCCAUGUGGGUGUGCAGGAUGCUGGAAGAGCGGCGGGCCCAGCAGGGGCCUCAGUGAAGCACGGAUGACCGACCGGGAGACCCCGGGCCUGGGGACGCUGAGGCCGAACCGCCCGCCUGCCCCAUCGCCACCGUGUUGCUCCCCGGCAUCCUCUGUAAGCACCGAGAAAGCCUUUGGGGGUACCCACGCCUUGUCGCAACUUGGGGGGACCAGACGUCCCCAUUCCCGCGUUGCUGCCUCACUCGAUGCUCUCCAGUUACCCUCCAUCUCACUGAACGUGAGCCAGAAGUAAUGAAGAACCUCCGUUUUUUUGUUUUCUGGCCGCACUAUGCAGAUUUCUCAGCUCCUCGGGACCUUUUUUUCCGACCCAAAGCUUUUGCUACAGUCCAGACGUCGAGGAGGUGGCGUAAGUGAGGGUCGGCCUGCCGCCGGCCGGCCUCGGACACUGCCGUUCUCGGGAGGCUGGUGGCUCCAACCAAGUUUUUAAGUGGGGGAGU